AUGGGGGUCGGUGGGUGCUUAGCCCUGCCCUGGAGGUGCCUAGUCGUCCUCUGUCUCAGGCUGCUCUUCCUUGUGCCCGCAGGAGUGCCCGUGCGCAGCGGAGAUGCCACCUUCCCCAAAGCUAUGGACAACGUGACUGUGCGGCAAGGGGAGAGUGCCACGCUCAGGUGCUCCGUGGAUAACCGAGUCACCCGAGUGGACUGGCCGAAGCAUUUUUCCGGCAAUGACAAGUGGUGCUUGGACCCUCGGGUGGUGCUCUUGGCCAACACCAAAACCCAGUACAGCAUCCAGAUCCAAGAUGUGGACGUGUACGAUGAGGGCCCCUACACCUGCUCUGUGCAGACAGACAAUCACCCCAAGACAUCGCGUGUCCAUCUCAUCGUGCAAGUGUCUCCGAAAAUCACCGAGAUCUCUUCUGACAUCUCCAUCAACGAGGGCGGCAACGUCAGCCUCACCUGCAUAGCCACGGGCAGGCCAGAUCCAACAAUCACCUGGAGACACAUCUCGCCCAAAGCCGUGGGCUUCAUCAGCGAGGACGAGUACCUGGAGAUCACGGGCAUCACACGGGAGCAGUCGGGCGAGUACGAGUGCAGCGCCUCCAAUGACGUGGCAGCGCCCGUCGUCCAGCGAGUCAAAGUCACCGUCAACUACCCGCCGUACAGCUCAGAUGCGAAGAGGCUGGCUGAAGGACAGAAAGGACUGAAAGUGGAGAACAAAGCCUUCGUCUCCAAACUGACUUUCUUCAACGUCUCCGAGCAGGACUACGGCAACUACACCUGCGUAGCCUCCAACCAGCUAGGAAACACCAACGCCAGCAUGAUCCUCUACGAAGAGACAACUACCGCUCUGACACCCUGGAAAGGUCAGUAA